UGCCUGGGUUAUGAUAAUACAGUACUGUAAUUUUAAAGGAACUUAUUUUGUUUUAUAGUCGUUUAUAUUAGGUUUUGCAAAGCAGAAAUAAGCCUUGUGUUUAUAUGAGCAAUGUCGCUUUCUACUGCGCGUUCGUUCCUGUCAGAAGCUGGUUACGGGGAGCAGGAACUGGAUGCAAAUUCUGCUCUCAUGGAACUGGACAAAGGAUUGCGCUCAGGCAAACUGGGGGAGCAGUGUGAAGCUGUGGUCCUCUUCCCCAAGCUAUUCCAAAAGUACCCAUUCCCCAUCCUUAUCAAUUCAGCCUUCCUGAAGCUGGCAGAUGUCUUUCGGCUAGGAAACAAUUUCCUCCGAUUCUGUGUGCUGAAAGUCACUCAGCAGAGCGAGAAGCACCUGGAGAAGAUUCUGAAUGUGGAUGAGUUUGUCAAGAGGAUCUUUUCAGUCAUUCAUAGCAAUGAUCCAGUUGCCAGAGCCAUAACUCUCAGGAUGCUAGGGAGUAUGGCCUCCAUAAUACCAGAAAGAAAGAAUGCCCACCACAGUAUUCGUCAGAGCCUGGACUCGCAUGACAACGUUGAGGUGGAAGCUGCCAUAUUUGCAGCUGCCAGUUUCUCUGCACAAUCAAAGGAUUUUGCAGCAGGAAUUUGCAACAAAAUAAGUGAAAUGAUUCAGGGUCUGGACACACCUGUGGAUCUGAAGCUGAAGCUGAUUCCCAUGUUGCAGCACAUGCAUCAUGAUGCCAGUCUUGCUUCCAACAGCAGACAGCUCUUACAGCAACUGGUCACCUCAUACCCAUCCACGCAGAUGGUCAUUGUCACCUUGCACACGUUUACCCAACUUGCCACCUCGUCUCUUAUUGACAUCCCUAAGCAGAUACAACUGCUCCUGCACUACCUGAGGGAGGACCCAAGGAAAGCUGUUAAAAGACUCUCCAUCCAGGACCUGAAGUUAUUGGCCAAGAAGGCACCGCACCUUUGGACUAAGGAAAACACUCAGGCCCUGUGCGAGUGUGCACUGACCAUCCCCUACAACAGCCUGAAGCUCGGCAUGUUGUCAGUGCUCUCUACACUCUCUGGGACAAUUGCAAUCAAGCAGUACUUCAGUCCUGGUGCAGGCAGCACUCCAACCCCCUCAAGACCUACUGAUUUGGUCAGGUUGGCUCAGGAAUGCUGUUACCACAGCAACUUGGCUGUGGCUGCCCACGGGGUCACUGUGCUUUCCAACAUUGCCAUUUCCGGUCUGGAAAAAGACUCACUGCAGCUGGAGCAGGACACGGUGCUAGGGGUGGAGUCGCUGCUGGUGCUGUGCAGCCAGGAUGAUGGCACCAGUGCACAGGCUACUCUCAAGACGGCACUGGCCUGCUUGGCGAAGCUGCUUAAGAGCCAACCUCAUCUGAGCCAGGCAGCCGUGGAGUUCCUGCUCUGCCAGCUACAUUCGGCCCGGGACUCUGCGCGUGUCCUCAUGUGCCAUGCCCUGGCUGCCAUUGCCAUGCAGCAGCCAGUGCUGGGGGAGGGCAUGUUGGGAGACCUGCUGGACCUCUACAAGGUCGCCGGCACAUCCGCCUCAGAUAAACAGCAGGAACUGCUGGUUUCCCUGGCGACGGUUAUCUUUGUGUCCAGUCAGGCAUCUCUUUCUGCCGAAGUGAAGACGGUGAUCAAGCAGGAACUGGAGAACGUGGCAAACUGUUGGACUGUGUACCGAAUCGCCCGGCAAGCUUCCCGCAUGGGCUGCCACCAGCUGUCCAGCGAGCUAUACCAGAGCUUGCGAACUCGUGUUGCAUCGGAGCAUUUUUACUUCUGGCUCAACAGUCUGAAAGAGUUCUCGCAGGCCGAGCAGUGCCUAAGUGGCCUAGCUAAUGGAGACUACAGCGGUGCCAUGGGAGCCAUUGCGGAUGCCCUUCGUUCAUACCAGAAGGGCAUCGCCUCCCUCACGGCAGCCAGCACACCCCUGAGCCCGCUGGCCUUCCAGUGCGAGUACGUGAAGCUGCGUAUUGACAUGCUGCAGGCUCUCUCCCAGCUCAUCUGCACCUGCAACAGCCUAAAGACCAGCCCACCGCCUGCCAUCGCCACCACUAUUGCCCUUGCUUCAGGAAAUGAGCUGCAGCGCUGUGGACGCAUCUCCACGCAGAUGAGGCUAUCGAUGGAUGAGUUCAGGAACCUGGCGACCCGUUACGCCGACCUAUACCAGUCUUCAUUUGAUGCAGACUCUGCCACCCUCAGGAAUGUGGAGCUACAACAGCAAAGCUGUCUGCUAAUCUCUUAUGUUGUGGAAGCCCUCGUACUCGACCCACACACAACCAGCUUCCAGGAGUACAGCACCCUGGGCCAAAUGCAGGCAGAGAGCGAGUAUGAGCGGCGCAUGAUGUCAGUGUUCAACCAUGUCCUGGAGGAGGUGGAGACACUCAGCAGGAAGCAUCCACCGGUGUCGUACUUGCACACGCGCUGCCUCUGUGAUGCUGUGAUUGCCUUGUUGAAGGUUCCCCUAUCGUUUGAGAGAUAUUUUUUCCAGAAACUGCAGUCUACCAGUAUCAAGCUUGCUCUCUCACCUUCGCCUCGGAGCCCAACUGAACCAAUCGCAGUCCAGAACAACCAACAACUGACUCUGAAGGUGGAGGGUGUUGUGCAGCAUGGAUCUGCCCCUGGAUUGUUUCGGAAGAUUCAGUCAGUCAGUCUCAAUGUCAGCUCCACACUGCAGAGCAAGUCUGGUCAGGAAUACAAGAUUUCAUCAGACAACAAGACGAAUGACAUUGAGCAAAGGGUGGAGCCCCACAACGAUUACUUCAGCACCCAGUUUCUCCUGAACUUCUCCACCCUGGGGAACCACACAGUCACAGUGGAGGCAUCUGUUGUGGACUGCAGUGGCAUUGAGUGGAAGACUGGACCCAAGACAACCAUAGCCAUUAAGUCCUUGGAGGACCCUUUCUCCCAGCAGCUUCGUCACCAGCAAGCCCAGCAGGCCGUGCCACAGCCCGGCCCCCAGAGGACUGUCUAUGGCCGCUUCCCAUAACGUCCCCAUCUUCGUUUUUGCAGUCUGAAUUGCAAGAUAUUUACUUGGUGACACAUUGGAAGAAGUCCAGUUGUCCAACAGGGAUAAUCCUGCCAUUUGUUUCAUAGUUGGGCAGCUUUUACUCAGCUGAUGAAAGUUAAGAAGGUAAUUUUCAUAAUCUCACUUAAAAACACCUCUGUACUGCUGUGGGUUAUGGAACUAUGUGGUAAGGUGUGUGUGUGUGUGUGUGUGUGUGUGUGUGUGUGUGUGUGUGUGUGUGUAAAUGACCAAUUCAACUUCAGUGGCAGAAAAAGUACUGAAAUUUCACCUUAAAUUUUAAAAAAUGCAGGAUGAAGAUACAGUUCAAUGUCAAACAUUUCACAAAGUCCCUUUUUGACGUUAACUUUUGUGCUCUUCAUAAUUUGUAUAGCUGGGACAGCGUACGUGUUUUUGUAAAAUAUACUUUGACUGACCAAUCUUCAUUAGUUUGCAUAUUGGAUAGCUAAUGUGUCUAAGUAAUAUGAAAUAAAAGGGACAAACUAAAAGAAUCCUGAAAAGCCUUACAUUCUAAAGCCUCAGUUAAAGAAAUGCUAAAAUGGCACCAUACCUAAUUACGAAGAAACAAUUUUUUUCGAGAAAAUAAAACUGUUUAUACAAUCUUUUGUUACAGCCGAGGAUUUUUUUGUAUUUAUGUUUUAUUUAGCAACGAAGUUAAAAUGUUAGAAUGUCAGCGAUGAAACAAACGCUGGAGGUCCAAAUGAACUCAUUAGCCAUGUCCCAGAUCAGCGGAACUGACAUUGUGAGCGACGCCCCCACUGUUUACUUGUGUAAUGAGCACACACUGAGCAGUGCCGGGCUCCAUCCAAUGUGAGAUCAUUAUUCCACGAGAGUUCCUUUGGUCUGCUCUUCGCACCGGGUUAUUGCGUUCAAGCAGCUGCUCUGUGUCCGUACAAGAGUGGCACAUGGUGACAGUUUGAAAUGAUCUGAAAUGACCGUAGUCUCCACUGUGCAUCUCACUGACUUCCCUUAUUACCGUGGUCGACA